AUUUCUGAUCAGAACGAAAUCUUCUUUUUUUUUUUUGGAAGUAACAAAAGAGAAAGCAAAAAACUCAGAGAAAACCAGUGCAUGCCUGAAACUCUCCCUUCUUUUUAGCAAAAAAUAAAGAAAAAUUCCCCAUUUUUUCUACUUUUCAUUGUGUUCCAUUUUUGUUGCUUCUCCUCUGACCCUGCUUCGGUCUGAUUUAAUUGCUCCUGUGUUUUCCUUUUUAUAGCAAAUAGCUCGCAUUGUUAACUCCUUAAUCUUGCUCUUUGUCCCUUGUUUUGUUUCUUCUUUUGCUUUUGCUUUUGCUUUUGUUUCCUCUUUAUUUCACUUCGUUCUUUUUAUGACCAAGCUUUGGAGAAUAUUAGAAGAUGGCUGAGAAAUCUAUGAGGAGAGCUCCAUUGGAUAGAGGAGUUGAGCAGGCCAUUGUCUCUUUGAAGAAGGGUGCGCAUCUUUUGAAAUGUGGAAGAAGAGGAAAGCCCAAAUUUCGUCCUUUUAGGCUCUCCACGGAUGAGAAAGUUUUGAUUUGGUACUCUGGAGAGAAGGAAAAACAAUUGAAAUUGAAGUCUGUAUCCAAGAUAGUCCUUGGACAGAAGACUGUGAAUUUUCUGCGGCAAUCUCAACCUGAAAAAGAGUCUCAAUCCUUUUCACUUAUUUAUCAGAACGGUGCACGGUCCCUUGACCUGAUAUGUAAAGAUAGGGAGCAGGCUGAAUCUUGGUUUUUAGGCUUGACAACAUUGUUAUCCGUAUCAUUUCACCCGAGACCGUUAACAAGAGUUAGCAGAGGUGUCCAAAGUUGCACGAGCAGUCCAGUUGCUCAUGCUCGGAGAAAAUAUCGACUAGAAGUUCUUGAAGAUUCACCUAAAUUCGCAAAGGUACAAAGUUUGUAUGGAAGUCCUCCUCGAUCACUACUAGAGAGAUUCUUUUCAGAUAGUAUGUUUGGUUCCACUAAUAUGUACCAUCCUCUAAAACAAAGAACUUUAUCAGAUAUGCAACCCAUACUAGAUGAAAUGCAACCCCAAGUACCUCAUGCGCUUUCUGAGAGUUUUCGAAAGCCAAAGGAUUCCGAUUUGUUCAAGGAACAAAACAAAAUUUUGAUGUCUAAAACAAGCUUACAUAUGCAUGAAUCUCUGUCUGUGGACAAAACUGAUACUUUGAAGGAUGUUUUCAUGUGGGGAGAAGGAAUAGGAAGAUUCCUCGGUAAUGAGCUUGAUAAACUUGAGAACGAUGAUUCUAAAUUCGAUGCUUUAGUCCCGAGAUUAUUGCAAUCCACUAGAAUGCUUGAAGUGAAAACCAUUUCUUGUGGGGAGAGUCAUGCUGCAUUGGUCACUAAACAAGGAGAAGUCUUUUCUUGGGGUGAAGAAAAUGGGGGGAAAUUGGGACACAAGAUCAAUGUUAAUGUAUCAUACCCGAAACUUAUUGACUCACUUAAGGGCAUCCAUAUACAAACAAUUUCAUGUGGAUCAAAUCACACAUGUGCAGUAUCGAAUAUUGGUGAGGUUUAUUCAUGGGGUGAUAGCAGGAGAAACCAAUGGUUUCCUCAAAAAAUACUCGGUCCUUUAGAUGAAAUAAAUAUAGUAAAAGUUUCUUGUGGAGAGUGGCAUACUGCCGUUAUUUCCUCUAAUGGGCAGUUAUUUACUUAUGGGGAUGGAACAUUUGGAGUUCUUGGCCACGGUAAUGUAAAAAAUGUUCAUAAACCGAAACUAGUAGAAUCAUUAAAAGGGUUAAGAGUAAAGUCUGUAGCCUGUGGGCCUUGGCAUACGGCUGCCAUUGUCGAGGUUAUUACUGGCCGUACAAAAAGCAACACUCCUGGUGGAAAAUUAUUUACUUGGGGUGAUGGUGACAAAGGGCAAUUAGGUCAUUUAGAUAUGGUAAAGAAGCUUCUGCCUUCGUGUGUAGCUUCUCUCGUGGAUUGUGAUUUUAUUCAAGUGUCUUGUGGAAGAACUCUAACCGUUGCACUGACAGUUACUGGUAUAGUCUUUACAAUGGGAAGUGCAGUUUAUGGACAACUGGGGAAUCCUCACGCUAGAGAUGGAUCGAUUUCAACCGUUGAAGGAUGCCUUAAAAGUGAAUUUGUCAAAGAUAUCUCAGCAGGUUCAUUUCAUGUAACGGCGUUGACGACAAAGGGGAAAGUUUAUACAUGGGGAAGAGGAGAAAAUGGAAGGCUUGGAUUAGGAGAUACAAGGGAUAGAAAUUAUCCGGUGUUAAUUGAGGCAUUAGAAGAUAGAAAUGUACUUAGUGUUGCAUGUGGAUCUAAUUUUACUUCGGCAAUUUGUUCUCAUAAAUCUAUUUCUAGUAAGGAUCAGUCAGUAUGUAGUAGAUGUCACAUGAUCUUUGGUUUCACUAGAAAGAAGCAUAACUGCUAUAACUGCGGGUUUGUGUUUUGCCAUUCUUGUAGCAGUAAAAAAGCUUCAAAUGCAGCUUUGGCACCGGAGAAAAUCAAGAAGUAUCGUGUUUGUGAUUCGUGCUUUGCUCAGUUAGAAAAGAGUUUGAAAGCUAGAAUUGAUGAACAACUUAUAAGUCCGAAACCGUUAACGAAAUUAAAGGGUUUUUCCGAUUCAGUGUUAAGAAGGGAAGAAUCGCUGCUUGGUCGACCAAGAAUAUUUUCUCCUAAAGUUUCAAAUGAGGAGGAAAUCAAAUUAAUUCAAAGGAAAGCAUCAUCUUUACAAGGAAAAAAGAAACAAUGUGAGCAAUCAUUUCCACAUGUCAUAGGCAAAGAUCAGAGAUGGGGCCAGGUAUCAUGCCCUUCUCAAUUCAGUGGGCAAUCUAGCGAAAAUCCUAUCUUGUUUGUUCCAGUGUUAAGGGAAGAGAAUAAUCAUGCUCAUUCUCGAAUUGAGCAGUCAUUAUCGUUGCCUUUACUUCCCAAAGCUAGCAGUUUGAAACAAGACUUGACUGAAAUAGAGAAGAUGCUUUCCGAAGAAUUAAAACGUCUACAAUAUGAGGCAAUUCUCCUUGAUGAACAGUGUCAAGCAAAGAGUCUGAAACUCUGCCAGAAUAAACAAAGAAUUAACGAGACCUGGGCAUUGGCAAGGGAUGAAGCUUCGAACUGCAAAGCAGCAAGAGAUGUCAUUAAAAUUCUAACUAAUCAGAUCAAUGCAUUAUCUGAGAAACUCUCAACAGGAACACAAAUGAAUAUGAUAAACUCUAUACCUGAUGACAAAAUACAUGUACCCACUCCUCGGCCUGUGCACAGAGAGGUAUCAGAGUCAAUACCAUCCUCAAAUCUUAAUAUCGAAGGAAAAACAACACUCGAGCAGCAAAAAGAUGCAAUGACAGUAGAAAAUACGAGACAAAGAGCUACAAAAGCAUCAAGAGAUGAAUGGGUUGAGCAGGAAGAACCCGGUGUGUACAUUACGUUCAUUGCUUUGGCAAAUGGUCAGAAGGGUCUCAAGCGUGUAAGAUUCAGUCGAAGGAGAUUUAGCGGUAAAGAAGCUGAGCAAUGGUGGGAGGAGAAUCAGAACAGAGUGUACUUGAAGUAUGAUGUUGGAAGGGUUGUGACGUUGAACAGAAACAAGAUAGAUAACUGAGUUAUUUUCUCUUUAGAAUGAAGGGUUACAGAGCUUUAACAGGUUAAGUUUUGGUUAAUAUGUACCAAAAUGUGGCCUACUUCAGUUGUACAGUAAAUAAUAUAGUAAAGUUUUGGUUAAAUUACCAGCUAAAAUAUUGAUGCUAA